AUGGCCUGUGCCAUCAGUAUCUUAAUGAAGGACUUGGCAGAUGAAAUUGCUCUUGUUGAUGUCAUGGAAGAUAAACUGAGGGGAGAGAUGAUGGAUCUCCAACAUGGCAGCCUUUUCCUUAGAACACCAAAAAUUGUCUCUGGCAAAGAGUAUAAUGUGACAGCAAACUCCAGGCUUGUUAUUAUCACAGCUGGGGCAUGUCAGCAAGAGGGAGAGAGCCGUCUUAAUUUGGUCCGGCGUAACAUGAACAUCUUUAAAUUCAUCAUUCCUAAUAUUGUAAAAUACAGCCCAAAUUGCAAGUUGCUUGUUGUUUCCAAUCCAGUUGAUAUUUUGACCUAUGUGGCUUGGAAGAUAAGCAGCUUUCCCAAAAACAGUGUUAUUGGAAGUGGUUGCAAUCUGGAUUCAGCUCGGUUCCGUUAUCUCAUGGGGGAGAGGCUGGGAUUUCACCCAUUAAGCUGCCAUGGGUGGAUCCUUGGGGAGCAUGGCGACUCUAGUGUGCCUGUAUGGAGUGGAGUGAAUGUUGCUGGUGUCUCCCUGAAGAAUUUACACCCUGAAUUAGGCACUGAUGCAGAUAAGGAACAGUGGAAAGUGGUUCACAAACAGGUGGUUGACAGUGCUUAUGAGGUGAUCAAACUGAAAGGCUACACAUCCUGGGCCAUUGGACUGUCAGUGGUCGAUUUGGCAGAAAGUAUAAUGAAGAAUCUUAGAAGACAACAAGUAAAAUCUCCAGAUGCUGUUACAACAAGGAUACCAGCUGGUGAACACAUUGGAACAAGCGGUUCUGUCAUUCUGUGGACUCUCAAGUCCCUGAGCAGAUGCACCCUGACAGAGAGCAGGCACUGA